CAAUAGUAUGGGAUGAUAACCAGCCACUGGGCCGUGAGAAGAAAAAAGAAUUAACACCUUUAAAUAUAAGAAGAGCUACUAAAUCAUCACCUGUCCUUCUGUUUACUCCUCUCUCUCUCUCUCUCUCUCUCUCUCUGUAGACAAACCCAAAAUCCAAAUGUUGAGGGCAAGGAAUGGAAUGUGAAGGACUCUCAAUCUGAGCGGAGUGUACCGAUCGCUGCGUCCUCAACACGGCCGGCGGCGUUUCUCAGAAGGUGUUGAUUGAGAAGAAGAAAUACGAAGGGUUGGUCAAUGGGGCAAGUUCUUUCCAUCGUCUUGAGAUUUCUAUCUGGUGGUAAAGUAGGGAAUGGGUCAGCAGAAACACCAGGCGGAACAUCAGAGCCUCUUAUCUCUGCAACUGCCGGCUUAUCCUCAACAAUAGAAGAAGAUCCACCACCCCCCACUGCAGCAGCUUUGCCCCACAAGCUUCUGACCACUCCGCAUUUCUGCAGCAUAGACGUAGAGCAGUACUACUGCUCUUACACAGGAGAUGACACAUCUCAUCAUCAGCUGCAAGAAGAUAUACUGGGGUCAGCAGAAACACCAGGCGGAACAUCAGAGCCUCUUAUCUCUGCAACUGCUGGCUUAUCCUCAACAAUAGAAGAAGAUCCACCACCCCCAACUGCAGCAGCUUUGCCCCAAAAGCUUCUGACCACUCCGCAUUUCUGCAGCAUAGACGUAGAGCAGUACUACUGCUCUUACACAGGAGAUGACACAUCUCAUCAUCAGCUGCAAGAAGAUAUACUGGGGUCAGCAGAAACACCAGGCGGAACAUCAGAGCCUCUUAUCUCUGCAACUGCUGGCUUAUCCUCAACAAUAGAAGAAGAUCCACCACCCACAACUGCAGCAGCUUUGCCCCAAAAGCUUCUCAUCACGCCGCAUUUCUGCAGCGUAGACGUAGAGCAGUACUACUGCUCUUACACAGGGGAUGACACAUCUCAUCAUCAGCUGCAAGAAGAUAUACUGGGGUCAGCAGAAACACCAGGCAGAACUUCAGAGCCUCUUAUCUCUGCAACUGCUGGCUUAUCCUCAACAAUAGAAGAAGAUCCACCACCCACAACUUCAGCAGCUUUGCCCCAAAAGCUUCUCUUCACUCCGCAUUUCUGCAGCAUAGACGUAGAGCAGUACUACUGCCCUUACACAGGAGAUGACACAUCUCGUCAUCAGCUGCAAGAAGAUAUACUUGCUCUGUCGAGCUUAGAGUCAUCACUAAGCGAUGAAGACGACUCAAUCUCAUCAAAAACCGAUGAAGUUGACCAAGACACGAGACUAGUUGAAGUUCUGUGUCAAGUUGUGAAGGAUUUUGAAUCAGAACCAGAGUUGUGGAUGAAGCAGUACAGCAGCAAGCAAAAGAUUCUACUAGUGGGUGAAGGAGACUUCUCGUUUUCUGCUUGUUUGGCGGCCGCUUUUGGUUCUGCUACUAACAUUGUCUCCACUUCUCUCGAUUCGGAAGGAUUCUUGACGAGAAACUAUAGAAGUGCAAUGGCCAACCUUGGUUGUUUAAGGGGAAGAGGAGCGAAGGUGUUUCACGGCGUGGAUGCUACAGAAAUGGCCAAAAAUUUCAUUUUCCAAGGCAUUAAAUUUGAUCGGGUGGUUUAUAACUUCCCACUUGCUGGAUUUUUUCUUGAUGAAUCACGAGAAUCUCAAUUGCGGAGAAACACAAAUCUUAUACGCCUGUUCUUGAGGAAUGCCAAGAAGAUGAUUGUGGAAGCAAAGGGAGAAAUACAUAUUACCCACAAAUCAAAUGGCUUCUUUGCAGAAUGGAACCUGCAGCAGCUGGCAUCAAGUGAAGGCCUUCAACUUAAGCAAGAGGUGCAUUUCAAUUUCAAAGACUAUCCAGGCUACCGAACCAAAUAUGGGUUUGGUGGGGACAAAAAUUUCAAUUGCAACCCUAGUAAAUCUUAUAUUUUUGGACUGAUUAAGAUCAAUGCUUGAUGGAGUUGUAUUGUACAGUUUUCAAGGGCAAUUUCUGUUUCUGGGCUAGCUAAAAGAAUUUUAACACGGGGUUAGACCGACCCUUUCAGGGCCAAGCAUGCCUAAAGAACCCCCGACAGAAACUAGUACGCUGGGUCUUGAUUACUACCAUGAAUGGAUGAAGGUUGAAUUAAACAUAUGGAAAGUGGUUAUGUUUGACAUAUUAUGUAUUAUUGUCAUCCUAUUAACACCUGAGAUUUUUAGAUUCAAAUGUGAAAUAAUACUCAAGAAUUUUUU